UUUGCAUUUGCAGUCUGCUUCUUGUUAGCUCAACUUUUUCAGUCACAAAGUGACAUCCAGAUCGAAGAUCUCUGAUUACUUUUACCUGCACAUUUUUGCCCUCUUGCUCAUUUUUGCUUUUUCCCAGCUGAAUCAACCAUCUUUGUUUCUACAUCUUCAGACAGCUUCUGUUCUCAGACAUGGAUGACUUUGUUCGUGACAAACUCACCGAGUGGGGACUGAGUGAGUUGAUCGACAUAUUUCGAGCUCACGAUGUGAACGAGGAAUCUUUUUACUGUCUUGAAGAAUGCGACAUCGAUAGUCUGAUUCCAAAAGUGGGAACAAGGUCACGAUUCAAAAAGAAACUCAAAAUAUUAAAGCAGCAUGAAGAAACACCUCAUCAAAGUGAGGUCAGCCGGCCAUCCUCAACUGUCAGUGAAGACAAACACGGAAAGAAAAGACUGGAUUCUCAGAGGGAGUCAUGCACGGUACAACCAUCAGCAAAACGACAUUGUGUGCCUGCAUCAACAUCCCUCAAAGAAAAAAAGAUACUGUCUGAUGUAGAACAAAUCAUGGAAGGUACCCACACCAAAUUAGAACACCGAGAUGAAACAGAGCUCAAUGAGUUUCUGAAGAAGAAAAUCGUGGAUCUGCAGAUAGAGAAGAGAGAAAUGGUUGGUGUUUUUGGAAGAACUGGAGCUGGAAAGAGCUCUUUGAUAAAUGCUGUCAUUGGGGAGAAGAAUCUUUUACCAGCUGGGGGCAUCAACGCAUGCACCUCAGUCAUGAUUAAAGUGGAAGCUAAUGAGAUCAACAAAUAUGAGGCAGAGAUUGAAUUUAUUUCAGAAGAGGAUUGGAAUUAUGACCUGUGGUCAAUGCUUCAAUUUCUUGGUCAAGAUAAGGAGGAUGAUCAGGACACCAAUGACAAGCUGUCAGCUCUUUAUGGAAAAGAAUGGAAAGCUCUGUAUUUAAAUCACCAGAAAGAAAAAUCCCUUAGAAACUUCAAGAAUAGCAAAUGCUUGAAGGAAAUUCCUGAAUUUUUCAAAUCCGAAAAGAAGAGGCUGGAUGGUGAAACUGCUAAAGAGCUAUCUGAUAAAAUUAAAAGGUACGCAAGAAAUGACCCACAAUCUGUAGAUAAUGGAGGAAGGUUGUUUUGGCCACUGGUGAAGUGUGUGACCGUCAGGGUUCCAUACAAUGAACACAAUGACUUCCUCCAACAUGUCACACUCGUGGACCUUCCAGGGACUGGAGACUGUAACAAGGGCAGAGACACAAUGUGGAAAGGAAUUGUAGAAUCUUGUUCUACUGUCUGGAUUGUUACUGAAAUCACCCGAGCAGUGUCAGAGAAAGAAGCCUGGGAUAUUCUCAAAGGUGUUGUGAGCAACAUUGGAAAUGGUGGCCAGUGUAAAACAAUCCACUUCAUCUGCACAAAGUCUGACAUGUAUGAAGAUUUUGAAUACCACUCAGCAGAGGAGAAACAAACCCAGAUAAAAGAGAGGAACGAGAAAGCCAAAGAGGGCGUGAAGAACGCAUACAGCCAACAAACCAAUGUGAAGAAACACUUUGAUGAAGAUUGUUUUGAAGUAUUCACAGUGAGCUCUAAAGAGUUUCUCAACUUCAACUUCCCGGAAAAAGAAAUUACUGAAAUACCAAAGCUUCAGAAGUUUCUGCAAGAUCUCAAUGACAGUCACUCAAAGACAAAGACAACCAACUAUGUAAAUGGAGCUUAUGGGAUUCUUUCACUGAUUGAAGGAGCCAGAUCAAGGAAUGCGAUUGAAUACAAUAAAGAAGUGUGUGAACACCUUGAAAGCAAUUUAACAUCUCAUCUUGCUGCAAUCUCAGAGGAAAUGGAAAGGACCCACAGAGCAUUUGACCAGUGCUUAAGUAAAGGAGUUCAAGAAUCUAUAGCGACGUGUGAAGAGGACUUGAAAUCUUUCCUGAAUCCUGAAGCAAGUGGAAGGGAUGGCCGUGGUUUCCACAAGACACUGAAGAGUGUGGUCAAAAACAAAGGCAUCUCCAGACCAAAAACUGGGGAUCCUGCAAACCUCAACAUGAGAUUGACUUCAUUCCUCACUGACAGCAUUGAUGAAGUAUUCAGAAAGACCUUCCCGAAUGGAGGGAAAUGUGGUGCGUUCAAUGGGGUCAUCACGAAGUUUUCACUUGAUAUUGAAAAACUGAAAAAGAAUUACAAUAAGGUGAAACUGCAGCUGACAUUCCUCAAGACAGAGGAAGAGAAACUCAAAACAAAACUAAGCGAGAUGAUCAGAAAUGGCAAGAAAGAAAUUUACAACAGUCUGGUAAAGACAACUGAGGAAAUCAUGGAAGACGGCUACAAAGAAGCAGCAAAAUGUAGCGGAGAUGGCACCCUGCAAAUGAUGAGGGGCGCAUUAACAAAACAUGUGCUUGAGUCAAAGAACACCAUGUUUGAGACGGCUAAAAAUGUUAUGCUGAAAAAGCUCCAGGAUUUAAAGUCUGAAAUCCUGGUAACACUGGAGGAAGAAAUGAGGCGUUCCAUUGAGCUGGCUCUCAAGACUGAUGGUCACUCAUUUCCAGAUGUUUCUGCAGAGCUUUACAAUUUCAAUAAUCUCCAUUUUGAGUUGGUGGAUGAAGAAAUAGCCAGAAAUGCUACAUGGAAUCCAUAAUAAAGGGAUCCAUCAUCAUCACACAAACUGGAUCAACAAAACGUGUUUAAACACUUUUGGGGGGAAAGAAAGAUUUAUAUGAUGAUGCUCUGUUUGUGAUCAUUUUUAAAACUUGUGUUCUCUCGGGUUAUUUCUCAAAUUCCAGAUUUUGAUUAACUUUGUACAAUUACAUAGAAAAUAUUCAAAGCUGUAUAUGGAAUCAAACAAAUGGAUAAGAAGUAUUGAUUUUUGAAAUAUUUUUAAUGUCAAGUUCUGUUAUCAGUGUUGUUGCACAUGGAGCCUGCUGAGGGAGCAGCUGGCCUGGUUGAAAUGAACAGGACACCGCGGUAGGAACCAAGAAACAAUAACGGGCCACAGUUAAACCAGAAAACCUAAUGAUAGAAAAAAGAAAGCAAAGAAAAAAUAUUUCAUGCCCUGCUGCUUAAAACAUGAGAACUGAAAUUACAAAUGUGGGCGGUGUUGCUAUUUUUCAUGUUUCACUCACAUUUGUAAAUGUGUAAACCUGUAUCCACACUGUAUGGCCAACAGGAAAUGUUUUACAGUUUGUUAAAGGGCAUGGUUGAUAUUCAGGAAGCUGAGCUAAUCAAGGGACAAGAUCAAAUUAUUCUAUGACAGUAAAAAAAUUCUAAUUUUAGACAUUUUAUUUUGUUUUUGGUCUAAAAAGAAAAUAUUAUCUAGACAAAUACAAUUACUUAAAAUAAGACAGAUGUUCUUAAAUAUGAUCAAAAUUAUUGUGGUGAGGGCUGCCUCAAGGACACGCCCUUGGCCCUCUCGGUGUGAACAGGAAGCCGCGAUGGACAAACAAAAGACAUGAUGUUCGAUGGGACCAGGUGCUGAAUCCGAGUCUUCCUGCUAGAAGCAUGCAAGAGAUGCACAGAAUGUGCGUCACCUCGCUAACACUUGAAAACCACAGCGGGGGCGACGACAUCGGCUCUUAAAAGUUUUCGACAUAAGCGUAAACUUGGCUUCACCAAGACCUCAUUUCAGAAUGUGGUAAUACACCUAUGCUGAAGAUGAAAUCAGCUCCAUGUCCCAUUGCCUAAGAGUCGGGAUGUGGUUACAACUUUAGGAACACAUAACAGCACAAGCUGUGGUUACACCUGAUGUCACAUGAUGUCACUGCCUGGUGGAGAGGGUCCUCUCAUGAGCCAAAAGCGUGGUGAAUUUUACUAUAAAAGUGAGCGACAAGGAACGAUCGAGGUUCUCGAUUGCGACUUGUCCUUCUGUAACUUGAAGGCAGAGAGCCUCGCAGAACUUAAGAGAACUCUCUUCGCAUGCGAACCAUUCUUUAAUUAAAUCUAUAAUGAGCAUUGUGAACACGGGCCUCACUAAGACGGCUUAAAGGGCCAGUGCUUUAGGCACUGCAUUUAUUUGUAUGCAUAUCCGGAUGUAUAUAAAUAAAUACUAGGAUGGAGGUCAAAACUUAGAGUGGCAGCACAUGAGAGGUGCUGACUAAAAACCGGUAGACGAGAAGCUUAACAGCGCUCAAAGGCUCAUUAAAGGAUUCUCUCCAUCUAACUAUAGUAGAGGUAAAUUGCUCAAAUUUGUUUAAAUUCAAACGAUAAUUUUACUUAUCUUUUAAAGGGGUUUAGUUACCCACCAUUUACAUAUCUCUUACUUGUUAAUCUUAAUUGCUUAACAUUCUUUUCAUAUUGACCUUUAAGUUUAAUUUUACUUAUGUUUUAAUCUUAACUUUGAGCCGGUAAUGCUCAACAUUUUGAUUGCUUGAUUUUCAAUUGCAUUUAAAUUUUUCAUUCUUUCAGUUUAUAGUUCUUGAUUUAAUAAUCUCAUAUUUUGCUUAAACUUUAGUUUAAUAGA